GUGCCGGCUGGGGGCGGUGCCGCGCUAACCAAAACACCGGCACGCCCCGGCAGCCCUUGCGCCGCCACCACCGCCACCGCCUUCCGGUGGGGCCUGGUUUAAGGGAGUGAGGCGGGAGCCCCCCUUGUCGCCGCCGCUAUGAAGCUUCGUGUGCGAAUGCAGAGGCAAACGGCGCCACUGAAAAUAGAGGGGGCGGAGCCAACGCUGGGGGAGCUGCGCGCGCAGCUGCGUCAGACCCUGCUGCCUGCCUGGGGGUACAGUCCAGAUACCAGGUUUUCAAUAACAUUGAACAGAAAAGACGCUCUCACAGAAAAUGAGAAAACAUUAGCUUCAUAUGGGAUUGUUUCUGGUGAUUUGAUAUGCUUGCUACUAGAAGAAGCAGAUGGACAGCCCAAUCUACCUCCUUCGUCUACUUCCCACCCACUUCAGAAUGGUCAUGAGCCAUCCAACCAGAGUCAGGCCAGCAGGCCAAAGGAAGGGCAGAAUGAGCAGUCUGACCACCAGAAAGCUCAGGUGGAAGUUCAAAAGAGUGAUGAGAGGGCAGGAUCCAGCCUAGAAUUUCCUUCAGGAUUAGUCCCAGAAGAUGUUGACUUGGAAGAAGGUACAGGUUCCUAUCCCUCCGAACCCAUGCUGUGCAGUGAAGCUGCUGAUGGUGAAAUACCACACUCCUUGGAGAUGCUCUAUCUUUCUGCUGAGUGUACCAGUGCCACUGAUGCCUUGAUCGUUCUACUACACCUUCUCAUGAUGGAGACGGGCUACGUCCCUCAGGGGACAGAAGCCAAGGCAGUAUCUAUGCCAGAGAAAUGGAGAGGGAAUGGUGUCUAUAAACUACAGUACACACAUCCUCUUUGUGAAGAAGGUUCUGCUGGUUUGACUUGUGUGCCUUUGGGAGAUCUUGUUGCUGUUAAUGCAACGUUAAAAAUCAACAGAGAGAUUAAAGGUGUUAAGAGAAUACAGCUAUUGCCAGCAUCCUUUGUUUGCUUUCAGGAGCCAGAAAAGGUUGCAGGUGUUUACAAAGACCUGCAGAAAUUAUCCCGUCUCUUUAAAGACCAGUUGGUUUACUCUCUUCUGGCUGCUGCCCGACAAGCUCUGAACUUGCCAGAUGUGUUUGGGUUAGUCGUCCUGCCUCUUGAGCUCAAGCUUCGGAUUUUCAGGCUUCUGGAUGUCCGUUCACUCAUCUCUCUCUCUGCUGUUUGCCAUGACCUUUACACAGCUACAAAUGACCAGCUUCUGUGGAGGUUCAUGUAUCUGCGAGAUUUCCGAGAUCCUAUUGCAAGGCCUCGUGACACAGACUGGAAAGAACUAUACAAGAAAAAGUUGAAACAGAAGAAGGAGGCCCUCAGAUGGAGGCACAUGAUGUUUCUGCCCCCUACACCACAUCCAAUCCCCUUUCAUCCCAACCCAUUCUAUCCUAACCCCUUUCCUCCCAACCCAUUCCCAUCAAACCCAAUCUAUCCCCCAAUGAUCAUUGGUGGAGAAUAUGAUGAAAGACCAACACUUCCAUAUGUUGGAGACCCAAUUAACUCACUCAUUCCUGGCCCAGGAGAAUCACCAGCCCAGUUUCCCCCAUUCAGACCACAUUUUGACCCAAUUGGUUCUUUGCCAGGAGCAAACCACACACUUCCAGGACGAGCUGGUCCCAGUGACAGGUUUCCACCUAGACCCAGCCGAGGCCGCCCCAUGGACAUUCGCCGUGCAUUCAUUUGAUUGCUGCAUUUUCCUUCAGUGAGUUUUCUAGUCCCUGAGCUUGCUUUUUAACUACAGGAGAUUGCAAAUUGCAGGCACUAACAUCUGCCUUCUUUUCUGAUUGUAGCAAGAACAUGUGUGCAUGGUAAUGUUUCAGCCACUAAGGCUGGGUUUGUUUUAUGCUCUGGUAGUACUAUACCACCUGACACUAAGCUCUGUUUCACAGAGCUACAACGUAGGACAGUUUGUUUUGCUCUCCCCUGCCUUUGCCCUUAAUACUGUGAAGUGCUACUUAGAGACCAGAAGGAUACCGGCCAAGUAAUUUGCUGCAUCAGAUAAAGAGCACUUUAAAUACAAACCCUAUACUUGUCUGUCUUAUUUGAAGAGUUUUAUUAAAUUGCCAGGAAAAAUGAUGUUGUUUUAAAGUCAGCCUGGCUAAUAAUCUUUAUUAACAAAGAAAUGUACAGAGUUCCACAUAGACCAGGAUACUGCCACUGUUAUGGUAGAUGUGGGUUUGUGGAAAUUUUCAAAGAUGUUUCCUUUUUUCUUUAAUGUUUUAUUAGGUAAAAAGCAUUUUUGUAUUGUUACUUAAUACAGAAAGUAUACAGGGAAGGGGUUUUCUUUACAAUGGAAAUAAUAGAACACAAAUCAAUUUGUUUUACAAACAACUGAGUAAAGUCAUGCUACAGUGCAACUCAGAAGUCUGAACAGAAGCAGAGCAAUUUUACAAAGAGCCAGCAGCAAAACUUUAGUCUUCUUCCUUGACUUUACAAAUAAUACAUGGCUGCACUUACUGUGUGUGAACUGAAAUUGGUGCAAAAGAUCAAUCUUUUCUCCUGCCUAACUUAAGGAAUUGAAUAGGUUGACCUGGUUGCAGUGGAAAUGGGAACCCAGCAGGAGAAGUGGAAUCAAUUCUGACUUAGCUGCAGUAAAUGCCAUUUAAUUCCGUUGCUUGAGUAUCAAAAUAUAUCUUGAGGAAGCGUGUUGUAGGAAUUUAUGAGCACCUUUCAAAUGUUGUCUUAUUAACUAAUGAGCAAAUGACAAGACCACUGUUAAAGUUGUCUGAUCAGACCUGCAGGCUGAUGCUGGAGCUCAAUUAAAGGAAGACUGGAAUGACUAAACUUUGCUAGAACUUCUUAUUUCUUACAUAUUUUUUUAAGAUGGAUUGACCUCAGUGUUCCUGUAAAUGUAAAUUGUACUGAUGACUGUUGUGACAGCUGAUACUGUUUUAUAAAAUAUUUUUGGAAUUCCAAUAGUGAAAAUGGAAUGACAUUUCCUGUUAAAUACAAGCUAUUUAAUGGGUAAUACUUACGUGCUUUUUCAGGUGAUAUUUUAGUGAUUCAUCAUCUUGUUUUGUAUAAAAUCAGCUGACUUCAGUAGGGCCAGGAAGUUUUGCCGUUAACUCCAGUGGAAGUAAAAUAUAAUACCUAUUUUGCUGUCAAAAGUUGUAUUGCUUCUUUCUUCCUUUUACUAUUUCACAGCAAUGGCAUGUGCAAAUCCUGCCAUAAUUAAGCACCUAAGAAUCUGGGGACACCGGUUUCCCUUCAAUACCAAGAUUAGCUUUAAUUUUUAACACCUUCCUGCAGUGGUUGAAUUGCCUUGUUCCAAUGAGUGUGCCCCAUGCUGCUCUAUAGUUGAGUCCUCCCUGCCAUGAAAACAGCAUCAUCAUACUUCUGUCAGGCUGAUGCUACAGGUUCUGUUUAUCCUGAUUUUGUCAUCUGAAUGCUAGUUUUUGAAGACGUGUACUCAGCCUUUUUACAGGUACACCGCUAAGUGACCUGAAGAUAUUCCUUCCUGUUCUUCAUUGUGGCUUCACAUUAUAGUAAGGUUAUUGUGAGCGAAAGGUAAAGGGAUGUGACUUAGGCUGAACUGUCAAGUUCCCUAAAGAGGUGUCCCCUUCAUUCCUGAAACAGGAUUUGAAAUAUAUCAAGUGAGUAUCUUGGGACCAACACUGUAAAAUUAGAUGACAAAAUAGAGGAAAUACUUGAAAA